CACUGAGCAGUGUGAGGAGGUGGAAGAACAGGCUGUGGCUUUGUCAUUUCUCUGCAUGGAUAAACUGCUGCUGCCACUGGAGCUUUGCAUUGCAGUGCUUGCAGCUCUCCCUUUGCAACCAUGAUGUGAGAUCAAGUGGCAGCACUUCAGAGAUUUUUUUAUUUUUUUAUUUUUAUUUUCUUUGUGGCUUUGGAUUCACAUUGUGUGUGGGGGGGUUGCAUCUCACUGUUUUACUGCUGGAGGACCGCGCUUGCUGCUGGCACAUCUGUGGAUUUGUUGUCUUUUUUUUUUUUUCUGCUGUAGCAAGGACCAGGAGCGAAGGUCCUUAGCGCCAACCUGUCCGUGGAUCGCUGGGAGAGAAUCUUAAACAUCAUCUUCCUCAUCCUUCAUUUAGAGGGAUUGCCAUGGCUACAAGUACCACGGGCUCCACACUGCUGCUCCCCCUCAGCCAUGCAGUGCAAUUGCCUGUAGACCAGGUCAACUUUGUAGCGUGCCAACUAUUUGCCUUGCUUGCUGCUAUCUGGUUUCGUACCUACCUACAUUCAAGCAAAACUAGUUCUUUAAUCAGACAUGUAGUUGCAACCCUUCUGGGCCUGUAUCUUGCACUUUUUUGCUUUGGAUGGUAUGCCUUACAUUUUAUUGUACAAUGCAGUAUCUCCUAUCUCAUCAUGAUCACGGUAGGCAUGGAACAUAUGCACAAAUACUGCUUUGUGUUUGCUUUGGGAUACCUCACCUUGUGCCAAAUAGCAAGAGUUUAUAUUUUUGAUUACGGGCAGUAUUCUGCAGAUUUUUCUGGGCCAAUGAUGAUUAUUACACAGAAAAUAACAAGCUUGGCUUUUGAAGUAAGAGAUGGAGUAUUUUGUAAAGAAGAAACACUGACGCCAUCGCAAAGAAGACUGGCUGUUAGACACAUGCCAAGUCUCCUGGAGUAUUUAAGUUACUGCUGUAAUUUCCUGGGCAUCCUGGCAGGCCCAUUAUGCUCUUAUAAAGACUAUAUUAAUUUCAUCGAAGGCACAUCAUAUCAUGUGAAAGAGGCAGAGGUCAAUGGGAAAGAAGACAUAAAAUAUGAACAGAAAGAACCAUCUCCUAAUACUGUUGUGGUGCACAAGCUUGUGGUCUGUGCAGUCUCAUUAGCGUUUUACAUGACUGCCACGCGGAUAUUACCGGUAGAGUACAAUAUUGAUGAACACUUUCUAGAGACCUCAUCAGUGCCCACAAAAGUAAUAUAUCUCUACCUGUCCCUAAUGGCUGCAAGACCAAAGUAUUACUUUGCCUGGACCCUUGCCGAUGCUAUCAAUAAUGCUGCAGGAUUUGGAUUCCAGGGCUAUGAUAAAAAUGGAAAAGAAAACUGGGAUCUGGUUUCAAAUCUGAAAAUUAAACAAAUAGAGUUUUCAACAAGUUUUAAGAUGUUUAUUGAUAACUGGAACAUACAGACUGCACUGUGGCUUAAGAGAGUAUGUUAUGAAAGAGCCACCUACAGUCCUACAGCUCAAACUUUUCUGCUGUCAGCUAUUUGGCACGGUGUAUAUCCAGGGUAUUACAUGACCUUCUUCACUGGUAGUUUGAUGACACUGGCAGCCCGAAAUAUUAGAAACAAUGUUCGACACCAUUUUCUACAGUCUCCUGAACUCAAGUUUGUAUAUGAUGUCAUGACGUGGAUGGCAACACAAGUGGCAAUCAGCUAUACUGUGGCACCAUUUGUGCUCUUAUCAGUAAAACCUUCUCUACAGUUUUACAGCUCCUGGUACUACUGCCUCCAUAUUGUUUGCAUAUUGGUGCCGCUCACUAUGCCAGCCCGUGCCCGGAAAAAAAGAAGCACUGAAAAGGAAUCUAUUGCUCCCCCUCUGGAGAAAACAUACAAUGAAGAACCUAUUUCUGAACAGAACAGCCAUGUCACUACAAACAACAACAGCAGUCAACGAGAAGAGACAGCCUGGAGACGCCCUAGUGCCCACCAAUGACUGCCACGUGACUUUUUGUAUGUUUUUAAAAUUCAAUUUUUAGAACCUCCAACUGGUUUGUGAAUCGUGCACAGGAGAAGACGGUAUUACGAAACAUUCUGUGAGGAUAACACUGCAAGGGAAUCUCAACAACCCCACAAUGCCAUGCCAUGUGGGCCUAGCCUUACAAUAUUUCCAUUAUUCUAUAAUGGGCACUCAGGACUUGUAACAUACGCUCUUAGGACCAUGUUACGUGUGUAUUCCUUUAAUGAACGUAUGACGUCUCCAGGCAUUGCAGGGGUUAUACAAUUUGGGCACAACAUAAAGAUCCAGAAAAAUCUUUCAGAACCCUUUUGCCUUAAUCCCUCUCUCUACUGAAUGAAAUCACUGACUUGUUGUAAGCAUAAGUAAUCUUUCUACUAAUGGUGCUGCCAAGAAGGGUAGUAUAUCCAAUGAGGAAGCAGUAUUUGUAAUAGUUCUAUAGAAUCGUAGGUAGAGCUUAUUUAAAUAAGAUGAUUAACGAGACUGACCACCCUGUGUUCAUUCAACCAGAUGACAUGAACCUGUAUUCAUAGCAAUCAUGUCAAAUGACUGUUGUACUUUAAAGGAUAUACACUUUUCUCUGAGGAGCUGGGAGGUGAAGGGGAGAACGAAACGUGUCAUGUAGAAGCAGACAUUCCAGUUUGGAAAUUAUAUGUCUAAUAGCUAGUUAGAUGCGCUCUGUAUUAGAGUGUAUUAAAGUUCUUUUUAUGGAUCAAGUCUUGGCUUGUGACCAGCUUCUGUCCAUCUCAGUCAGACAUCAUCUUGAACUAGGUACUGCAGGGAUGAACUAGGUACUGCAGGGACUUGUAAUCUGGCUGCUUGGCAUCAGUGGCAAGUUUUUAAGGUAUAGGCUGGGAAUGGACAGUUCUCAUGUCCGCUUCACAUUCAUGGGUUACUUGGCAGCAAUAUGAAGCCAAAGCCAGUAUUACAUUUCUCAUGCACUGGCAGUAUCUGAGUGGACAUGGGUCUCUACCCAACUUUGAACACCAGGCAGAGAGCAGGCUUAGGCUUAUGGGAUAUAAAAGUCUCUCAGGCUAGGACUUCACAAAGGGAAAUCACACUAUGAUCAUACACCUCUUACCCUCUUUUUAAUGAUCACAGAUUUCAGGAGGUAUGUGCAAUACCCCCCCCCCCCCAACAACCUACCCCAUUCAUCCCUACUCUUCCCCAAUUAAAAAGGCCAAGAAGUGGAUUUAUUUUAGGCAUUUUAUUAUUAUUCUACUUGAUAAUGUAGGCAGGCACUAUGUGAAAUAGCAGAAAGGUUUUAUACAGUAUAUGUUUCCUUUUAUCUGGUCACAUGGAUGUAUGAAGAUGUAUUUUACCACCAUGUUUUUGGAGUAUAUAUUAUGUGAUUCAUGUUUAAUAAUGCAUAGAAGUCCUAGUUUAUAGAACUUGGAAUCUUUUGUGGCAAAUCUGACAACAGACACAAUUGGUUUGGUCUAGCUUUAGAUAAAACUAGAAUUUUACGAAGAGUUCUCGGGAGAUAAAAAAGAACUCAACUCAAAAUACAAAUUAGCAUUUUCCGUGGUGGUCCACUCUAUUAGGACAAAAUACACCUUUGUGUCUCCACACCAGCGAUUAACCAGUGUAAAGGCUCCAUACCUUGCACUUGUGCCUGUAUAUAUCCUGUUGUCUGCUGUGGUUUCCAGCUUAGAAAAAUAUGUUUGGCACUGCUUCUUGGUGGCGGAACUGUACUUCUUGAGGUCUUUGCAUGGUGUACUCACAGAAAGGGAGCAUCUCACCCCAUACACCACCUAACCUCAUACACCUCUUCAUAGUUUACUCUUGCUUCACUACCAAGUAAGUCUUUGAGCUGGGACACGUAUGUUCACAAGUUUGUUCUAAUCUGACUGAUCAAGCAGUGAAGUAAG